CCGUUAGCUGCAGCUGUGUGGAGGUUUUCCGGUCCCCAGCGCUGGAGCCCGAGUGCAUCUUCGGGUCGCCCUCGUGGUGCGAGGGUCCGGCGAGCGGCAGUCCGAGGCGCGUUUUCCAGAUGAGCUCGACGAGGCCCGGGCUGCGAACCCUGGAAGCCGUCAGAUUCAGUUCGCUUUAGGAGGCCAGUGGGACAUUUGGUCCUUGUCUUCCAGGAUGGACUUCCCCAGCUCCCUCCGUCCCACGUUGUUCACCACUGGCCCCCUGGGCCUGAGCGAUGUCCCUGACCUGUCCUUUAUGUCCAGCUGGAGAGACCUGUUGACCCUGCCAGAGUACCAGCCCCAGAACUCUGAGAAUGGGGCUCCAGACUUGGCCAAGGACCUGGUGUGGGAGCCAGUGACCCCUGGGCCCCUCCCCUUGCUGCGUCCUGCCCCCGAUCCCUGGGACCCUGGCUUGACUGCCCAGGACCUGCUUUUCCGCGGAGGGUACCGGUACCGGAAGCAGCCCCGCGUCGUGCUGGACGUCACUGAGCAACUCAGCCGGUUCCUGUGGGACCACGGGGAAAUAGCCUUCGCACCCCUGGGGAAGCUGAUGCUGGAGAACUUCAAACUGGAGGGAGCAAGGAGCCGCAGUAAGAAGAAGACAGUGAUCAGUGUGAAGACCCUGUUCAAGAACCUCGGUGGACACCAGCCCUGGGGGUGUCCCUGGGCUUACAUCACCCGCCGGCAGCGCCGGUUCUCCGUCCUCGGGGGCCCCAUCCUGGGCAAGUCGGUGGCGAACCUCUUGGCAGAGCUGCUGCGCGAGGAGCUGGCGGCGCAGUGGGAGCGGCUGCUCCUGGACGAGGCCUGCACCGGGGGCGCCUUGGCCUGGGUGCCUGGCAGGACGCCCCAGGCCGGGCAGCUGGUCUACCCUGGGGGAGGCACCCUGGACACGCUGUGUUUCCAAGAGGUCAAGCUGACCCCGGACGGCAACCUUGAAGUCCCUGGGUGUCCUGGACGCAUCCACCUCCGGGGACCUGUGCGGCAGGUGGCAACCUCCACUGUUCAGGGCGAAGCCAUGCUGGCUGUGCGUGCUGACUACCACUGUGCCGUGUGGAAGGUCAGGAAACCGGGGCAGCAGCCGGCCCUGCUGCAGGUGCUGCAGGUCGAGAAGGGGGCCACAGGGAUCAGUCUCAGCCCUCAUCUGCCCGGGGAGCUGGCCGUCUGCAGCCGAUCGGGAGCCGUCUGUCUGUGGACCCCUGAGGACGGGCUGCAGCAAGUCUACAGAGACCCCGACACCCUUGUGUUCCGGGACCCAUCUCCCUGGCGCUGGGCGGACUUCACCGCCCACCCUCGGGUACUGACCGUGGGGGACCGCACUGGAGUGAAGAUGGUUGACACUCAGGGCCCGCCGGGCUGCGGCCUGCUGCUGUUCCGUGGGGGGGCGGAGGCGUCGUGCCAGAAAGGGGAACGGAUCCUGCUCACACAGUACCUGGGGCAGUCCAGCCCCGAGUCUCUGCCCCCCACCCUCCAUCUCAUCUGUACCCAGUUCUCGCUGUACCUGGUGGACGAGCGCCUGCCGCUUGUGCCGAUGCUGAAGUGGAACCAUGGCCUCCCCUCCCCGCCCUUGCUGGCCCAGCUGCUGCCUCCGCCCCGGCCCGGCUGCCCGCAGCCCCUGCUCCUGGCAGGCCAGGGCGGGCAGCUGCAGCUGCUGCCCAUCACAGGAGGUGCAGCGUCCUCGCCCCGGCUGGCCGGGCCCCCCCAGGCUCUUCCCUGCAGGACCGACUCCCUCUCUGCAUUUCCCCUGCUGGAGCCCAAGAGCCAGUGGCAGCUGGAGGAGCGUCUGAAAGCGCCAACCAUCGGUCUGGCCACCGCCAUCCCGCCCUCGGCCUCUACGCCGGGCCUGGUGCUCUUCCAGCUCACAGCGGCUGGAGACAUCUUCUACCAGGACCUCCGGCUGCAGGCAGACUCCAGCGUCUGCAGAGAUGCUGGGCCUCCUGGCGACCCCGGGCCUCCUGGUGAUCCCCGGCCUGACUGCCCUGCCCCCACAGUCUCCUGGACCCCUCAGGACACUGCCUGCUGCAGCCAGUGGCUCAAGGUCCUGCUGGAGGUGCCCCCGGAUCCCCCCGUGUGGGUUGCACCCACCUUUUCCCACCGCCAGCAGCUGGGCCAUGUGGAACUGGAGAAGCGUGGCGGGAAAGUGCCAGAGGCUCUGCGGGAGGCCAUGGCCAAAGGGCAACUCCUGCUGCAGAGGGACCUGGGCCCCCUCCCCACGGCAGAGCCACCUCCCGCACCUGAGUCAGUCCCGGAGGAUGAGCUCAGUGAACGUCUUGGGGAAGCCUGGGAGGGCCGAGGGGCUGCCUGGUGGGAGCAGCGGCAGGGAAGGACCUCGGAUGCUAGGAAACAGCUCAAGCGGCCCAAGCGCCGGACUCAGCUGUCCAGCACCUUCUCCUCGCUCAGUGGCCGCUUAGACGUCUUGGAUGCCACCAGCCCGCCUCACAGCCCAGAGCAGACAUCUGCUAAGUCCAGGCCUCGGCCCCCAGCGACCCCACCCUCCCAGGACCUGGGUGCAGAUGUGUGGGCUCCGGGCAUCCCCCCAGAGCGGCGGAAAACCCUCCAAGACUACAUGGCCAAGCUGCCCCUCCACACGGACACCCCAGCAUGUACCGCCACCCCACCCAUCCAGGCCACCCCCUCCCAGCAGCAUGAUUUCCAGAACCAUGUGACCAAGCUGCCACUCCAAAGGGAUUCUCCAGGACAUCCUGCCACAAUCCUCUCCCAGGCUUCCAGCAUUCGGACCACCCCCUCCCAGCAGCACACACCUGUCCCCUCUGGUGCUCAGCCCCAACGGAAGAAGCCUCGCAUGGGCUUCUGAGGGCACAGGGCAGGCUGCCCCCCUCGCCCUCCCUCCGGGCCAGCUGUGCCUUCCACUGCAGGAACUCAGGAACUAGAACGGUCUCCAUGAUGCAGAGCUUUCUCCUCCUGAAGGCUGAGUGAUGAUGAGCCAAGUCAAAGGAACGGAGCGACAAAAUAGUUUAUUUUGUAUGUAUGUCUGAAGGUGACUCCAGAAGGCACAUUGGCAAGGUCACCCCUGGGCGCUCUGAGGCCGGUGUUGCUGCAGGGCCAGUUCUCCCCAGAGACAGCAGGGUCUGCUGUGCCUUAGCUGGGGGCUUCAGGCAAGUCGCGCAGUCUUCGGGCAGCAGUACGAGCUCCCCGUGUUUGGUGAAGGUGGGGUGACUCCCCAGAGCACUGCUCAUGCCUGGCAGUGCCUUGGGAGGGAGGCACAGUGGCUGUCAUUUGGGUUAGUUUGUGUUUGUCAGUCUCCUCUGUGAUCUGAUGUUUUGUAGAGGGACACGCUGUGGACCCAGGUUCAGGGACUGAGUAAACCUGUCACCAAGCA